AUGACUAUCAAUUUCAUUAUAAGUUUUAUUUUUGUGGACACUUUCAAACAGUGCGUAUGGACAGCAUGCUUAAUUUUAAUCAGUUUAAUUGCUUUUAAUUUGUUGAAAGACAGAGAUAGUAUUCAGGGUAUAUUCAAAAUUCCCGGAUCAUUACCAAUACUAGGUCAUUUACUUGAAAUUCAAUUAAACCCAUCUUUAGUUUUUAUGAGAUGGUGGGAACGAUAUGACAAAUCUAUUUUUCAAAUUAAAAUUGGAUUUAGAAAAGUAGUUAUAGUGAAUUCAUAUGAAGAUGUCACAAGUUUAUGGCUAAAUCAUGCUUGUCAGAACAACUCAAGACCGUUAAGUUAUACAUUUCAUAGUGUCGUUAGUUCGUAUCAAAGUUAUACAAUUGGUACCACUCCCUUCAGUAAUACAUACAAGAAUAAGAAAAAAAGUCUAUCUCAAUUGUUGAAUAAACCGUCUUUGAAGAGUUUAAUACCCAUAAUCAAUACAGAGAGCAAUUAUAUUAUUGAUCAAAUUCUCAAAGAUAUAAACAAAAAUGACUCAGUUAAUUUAAGAGAUUAUCUUCGGUUUUUUGUACUAAGGUGCUGUAUACAUAUGAGUUACGGCUUAAUUUUAGAUUGUUUCGGUAAAGAUAGAGAGUUGUGCAUGAGAAUAAUCAACAACGAGAAUAAUAUAAUAAGAUUGAGAUCACCAAUUUCCAAUAUUCAAGACUCAAUACUAAUCCUACAACUUUUCCCAUCAUUCACUAAUACAAAAUCUGCACAUGAGUGCGGGAAGAUAAGAGAUCGAUACAUGAGAUUUUUAUACAACAGACUUAUACGAGAAAUAGAUAAAGGGAAUGAAGAAUGUAUUAAUAGCAUGGUGGGUAAAUUAGUUACUAGUCAAUGUAAGGCUCAAUUGACUGAUCAAGAAAUCAACAGCAUUUGUUUGACACUAGUGAGUGCUGGAUUAGAUAAUACACCAUUAACCCUAGAUUAUGCAAUUGGAAUUCUAUCCCAACCAAGACUAGGUGAAUCAAUACAAUCAAGAGCAAUCAAAAAAGUCUUAAUUGAAUACGACCAGAAUGACUUCAAGAAUUUAGAUGGUGGGAACAAAAUGAAUACAUACAUUACUGCAAUACUUUUAGAAUCUUUAAGAGAGUUCACAGUACUCCCGUUAAGUCUUCCUCGAAUAACGACAAAACAAAUAAUCUACAACAACAUAUUACUUCCACCAAACACAACCCUAUUCAUGAACGCAUAUGCAGCAAAUCACGAUCCGGUCCAUUUUGAACAACCUUACAACUUUAUACCAGAGAGGUGGUUAAAUGGAGAUGAGUUAGUUUAUAAAGUUAAAAAUUUUCAACAUUUUGCAUUUGGAGCUGGGUCUAGAAUGUGUUCUGGUCAGAAUUUAGCUAUGAGACAGAUGUAUAUUUUUCUAUUGAAAUUCUUAUUGAUGUUUAAAAUUAAACCACCAAGUUCUGACAAUGACUUGAUGGAAGUCAAUCCAUUUACUAGUAAUUCAAAUCCCAGAGCUACUUCAUUUGAACCAAAAAAUCAUAAAGUGCACCUCAAACUAAGAAAUAUAUUACAAUUUGAAGAUAUUAUGAACAUAUGCUGA